AUGAGCCACCAGGAAGUGACACAGCUGCCAGUGAUCUUUGACAUGUCUAGCAAGAGUCAACAGAUGUCCAACAGUCGCCCCAGGUUCAAAGGUGUGGGGUGCAGUCAGGUGUUGGUUCCCCAGAAGGUGAGUGCUGUAUUGGGGAAGAAUGUGACGUUGGGCUGUAGCGUGGAGGUGGGGGCCAACCUCAGUCUUACCCAGAGUUCCUGGGAGCGCCGGCUCCCCACAGGCUCGGUGACUGUGGCGGUGUACAAUCCUGUGUUCGGCAUCUCGAUCCCCCCAAACUAUGUGCGCCGCCUGUCCUUCCGCUCGCCCUCCUCCCAUGACGCCACCAUCAUACUGGAGGAUGUGGGCUUUGAGGACAUUGGAGUGUACACCUGCAAGGUUGCCACCUUCCCCCUGGGCAACACACAGGCCUCCACCACUGUCAGCGUGCUCGUGGAGCCCAGGGUGUAUGUGUCGGCUGGCUCGGUAGCUCUGAUCGACGAGGGCAAUGAAACAGUGGUGGCCACCUGCAUCGCUGAGCGGGCCCGGCCCCCCGCCGAGGUCUCCUGGGAGACUGACCUGUUUGGCCAAUCAGAGGUGUCGCUGCAGGACGAGGCAAACGGCACGACCAGCACCCAGGUGCGCUACCUGUGGCAGCCCACCCGCCACAUCCAGGGUCACGCCCUCACCUGUGUGGUGCGUCAUCCUGCCCUGCACACAGACUUCAGGAUCCCCUACCAGCUCAACGUGCAGUACGCCCCAGACAUCGUGGUCGUAGGUUAUGACGGUGACUGGUAUGUGGGCCGUGAGAACAUCCAACUGACCUGCAAAGCCAACGCAAACCCACCAGCACACCACUUCACAUGGAUCAGACUGGACGGGAAAAUGCCAGAAGGGGUGGAGAUAGUGAACAACACCUUGCUGUUUCUGAGGCCCCUCCAAUGGAAUGACUCUGGAGUCUACAGGUGUGAGGUUGCCAAUGACAUCAACCUACGCAGCAGGGACCUGAGGAUACGCAUACAAGAUCCUCCCACCACCUCCAUGUCCUCCACCACCCCUGCGCCUGUCCUAACCGGCUCUGCCUCCUCAUCCACCUCUGUGGGAGACAAGCGACGGGUCUUCACCUCCCCCACCCUGGCAGCCCUGCCCCCCGACAACCACCUGGGCACCAUUGUGGGCGGGGCUGUUGGCGGAGCCUUGUUCCUCCUUCUGCUACUGGUAGUGGGCGGGGUCUGUUACCUACGACAACGACAGACCUUCCACGGGGACUACUACACUAAGCAGUACCUAGGGCCUUCAGACAUGCAGAAGGCUCCUCCACAGCACAAGCUCCACCCUACUAAGCCUGAAAAUAACGUCUACCUAGACAAGGACCGCGAAGAGUGGGGCGACCGCGAACGCAACCACGUGCGGGACCGUGAACGCCUCCACCUGCAUCCAACAUCAACAACCAUCAUAAACAACCAAAGAGAACCGGAGUGCCAGCCCAACGGCCUCACGAGGGCGAUGAGGAACGGAGACCACCUGCGUAGCUACACCAGCCCACACCAGACAGGCCAUGCUAGAUAUGCUGCCCCGUCACACCCACUGAGCACUGGCUCCCCCUACCUGUCGGAUGACUGCUAUGACAGUGGGGCUGAGGGGGACUAUGUCUCCCAUAUGGACGGCUCAGUGAUCUCACGCAGGGAGUGGUACGUCUGAUCCCACCACCACCAGGCAUGCUACCCUGCCAACAGACUCUGGCACCAGAGAGAAGAGAGACCACAGCGCAGAAAUCACAGGAGGAUUUAAUACAUUAUUUAAGAAAAGAUAAUACUCACAUGUUCUGCCUCUCAUCAUCUCUCUCUCUCUCUCUCUCUCUCUCUCUCUCUCUCUCUCUCUCUCUCUCUCUCUCUCUCUCUCUCUCUCACACAAGCUCAUGUUUGGACAAUGUCUUUAUACUGUAGUUUUCUCUUUCAACAUGCUUUUUCAUUUCUCAUACACAAGCUAUUUUCCUCUGAUUCUGAUCCUCAUACAGGAGGUGUUUUCCUCUGAUCCUCAUACAGGAGGUGUUUUCCUCUGAUCCUCAUACAGGAGGUGUUUUCCUCUGAUCCUCAUACAGGAGGUGUUUUCCUCUGAUCCUCAUACGGGAGGUGUUUUCCUCUGAUCCUCAUAUGGGAGGUGUUUUCCUCUGAUCCUCAUACAGGAGGUGUUUUCCUCUGAUCCUCAUACAGGAGGUGUUUUCCUCUGAUUCUCAUACAGGAGGUGUUUUCCUCUGAUUCUGAUCCUCAUACGGGAGGUGUUUUCCUCUGAUUCUGAUCCUCAUACGGGAGGUGUUUUCCUCUGAUUCUGAUCCUCAUACGGGAGGUGUUUUCCUCUGAUUCUGAUCCUCAUACGGGAGGUGUUUUCCUUUGAUUCUGAUCCUCAUACGGGAGGUGUUUUCCUCUGAUUCUGAUCCUCAUACGGGAGGUGUUUUCCUCUGAUUCUGAUCCUCAUAUGGGAGGUGUUUUCCUCUGAUUCUGAUCCUCAUAUGGGAGGUGUUUUCCUCUGAUUCUGAUCCUCAUAUGGGAGGUGUUUUCCUCUGAUUCUGAUCCUCAUAUGGGAGGUGUUUUCCUCUGAUUCUGAUCCUCAUAUGGGAGGUGUUUUCCUCUGAUUCUGAUCCUCAUCAUGGGAGGUGUUUUCAUCUGAUUCUGAUCCUCAUCAUGGGAGGUGUGUGGAUUGCCUUCGUUCUGAACUAGAGGACAAAUCUGUUAACUAGUUAAUGUGGCUCACAGUUCACUACACAUGCACUACUGGGUAGGCCUUGUGGUAUUGUUUUGAUUGCAAGCCUGCAGAAAUUUUCCUUUUUAUGUGAAUUACUUUGUAAACAAAGGCAGAACUCUUGCUCCUUUUCAGUUCAUGAUUCUUUAAAUGACAUGAAGUCAUUUUUCGGGAAUCUGUAUUGGAGGAAGGAAAGAGGAAAAAGUGGACAGUAUUUACUUGUUAUUCCAGAUUUAAUUUCUUCUUGGUCUGUGGUUUGGUACCCACAGAAAGGGAAAAGAAUGUACAGCUUUCUGGCACAUACAUGUGUUGCAGUUGCUAUGUGGAUAGCACGGAUACAAAUCACAAAACAUUAUUGUCAUUAUGUGCUGUUACACGCGUAUGUGUGAGUGUGUUAUUAGUACCAGUGCCAACCUGGUCAAUAUUGUCACAUAGCGUUAGAUGCUGUCAUUGCAGCAGGAUGUCGUAGGUUAGAACUACUUCCUGCAAUGUUCUGUACCAGUGUGAUGGUCCGUCUCAGAUAGCAGGACAGUAAUGAUAACUAACGAGUUACAACUGAGUAUUAGUUGACUUGUUGUAUAUCACCUCUUCAUACAGAGAUGUUCAGCCCUUAAUAGAAUGAAAACAUAUUUAACUAGAGGUCCCUUUUCACAGAUGGGGGGGGGGGGGCUGUAUGUUCAGGAGCUACAUGCUUUCUGUCAGCACCUUCUUCCUCUCGAGUUGUGUGUGUUUUUCUAAUAUAUAAUCUGAAAUGCUCAUAAAAAUAGAGUACGAUGUGUAGACUGUCUAUGUUAAAGGCUGUUUAGGAAACAGUGAAUAUGGCCAUAAUACUUCUACUUCCUGUUGUUAUUUCAGCUGUGCUACUGUGAAGUAAAUGGAGAAUCAUUGUUCUGUCUAGUGAGAUUUCCUCUGUUACUCACUGCUCUGGGUUCAGUUAUGUGACCGGUGCCUUAUCCCAGAAGAGCAGUAAAGUAAUCAAGUAAAAUGUACAGACUGAAGUGCAAGGCCCGUUUCAUCCUCUGUUGAGUGAAUGUUUGUUGCCUUUGUUUUUUUUUUGUGUUUUGUUUUACAAUGUUUUGAUCGAGUCAUUCUGUUUUUGUGGCAUAUCCUCUUUUCUAUAUUCUCUGACGAUAGCAUUAUUUUUGCUCAUACAAUGAAUGACAUUUUGCAAAGUCUGAGUUGCAAAACACCUGAACAAAGCUGAGCUAAGCUAAAACAAUGAUUAUCUUAUUGUACAGUUCCUAUAUGGCAGUUUUCUGUCAGAGCAGCGGCGUUAAAGGGAUAGAUUGGUUUCCUUACCCUGUAAGCAGUCUAUGGACAAGGUAUGACAGAAAUCCAUGCUUUGGUUUAUAUUCAGAUCAUCUAGAAGUGACUUUGUUGAGCUUCACAAUCAAUUUGAGAUACUUUUGGAUGAUUUGGACAUGAUGCGUGAAAAAUGCUAAUAUCGUUCCUAUGACUUGAAUGGGAGUUGUCCCACAAAAUUCUAAAACAUUAGCUUGGGAAAGCCUGGGAAAGCAUGGAUUUUUGUCAUACCUUGUCCAUAGACUGCUUACAGGGUAAGGAAACCAAUGUGUAAUUUGUGAACUAUCCCUUUAAGUGUGCAUGGUAUAUAAGAAAAUUAAGUGGGGAUUUUUGGACUUCCAGAUGGUUUUGUUUAGUUCUUGUACAAAGUCUGCGAGAAUGGAGAGUGGAGCACCCCACCACCUCACCAGGGUCAACCUCCAACCGUAUUUCACAUUCUCCUUGCAAGCACCUUCCCAUUGUGUUCAUGCUUGUUUAGUAUAUAAGAGAAGAGCUACUGUAAGUCUAAAAAUAUAUAAUGCAAGAAAACAUUUAAAAUAAUCACAUGUUGUAUCAUCAAUGACAACAAGCAUUAUUUUGUACAUAUUUUUUUUGAAAUACUUUUGUUUUCAAUAAAGCACCUUUUUUUCUGUGA